GCUGCUGAUAUGUUUGUUCUUUACCUUCAAGCGGGUAAAAGAAAUCUUUAACAUGGUGUCUGCUAUACCACAAAGUAACGGCGCCAUCCCAAAAUUAAAUCAAAAUUUGCCAAAGGUACUCGCUACUAUUACUAUUCUAUCUGUACUCCUUGACCAAACUAUUCAUACACUAGGAUCCGAGAAGGAAAAACUUGGGAUGACUGGAGGAGAAGAAAGAUUUGUUCUCAAUUCCCCUAGUCCCAUGGCAUUCCCGAGACGAUUUCAUAGGCUGAGUGGAUAUGGUGCACUUUUCGAAAAGUAAAGACAUCCUGGGCGCAAAGUUUCGUAGUCUCGAAACGAACGAAUCAGGAAAGUUUUCCCAAUGAGCAAUGUCCAAGUACGACAAGCUCAUACAGCUUGAAGCUAGAGCGCAGUCCUUUAUGUUAUGCAAUGCCUCUUCCUUGGAAACCGAAACCGAGUAAUACUAGACAGGGUUGGGGCUCAAGCAAAGAGGGUAGGGGCCGGUGUUCAAGGAAGUAUUUGGUAGCAGUCAAAGUUAUUCGUACGAAUACAGCGCUUACGAAAAUGUGGGCUUGUCCAC